AUGCCGAGGUUUUGGUUAACUCUGACCCUCUGGCUGGUCAUCUCACAGUUUCAGCUGGAGGCUGAUGCUGGUGAACCUGUUCUUGGACUGAAACUGUGUGGGAGAGAGUUUAUCCGGGCUGUCAUUUUCACCUGUGGAGGCUCCAGAUGGAAAAGGACAGGAAUAAAGACAGCAGAUACCUCUGGGAACCCCGGCUACUUGGAGAAGAUGAUGAAAGACACCAAUUUCGAUGGCUGGGCUCUUUCAGAGGAUGUCACCGUCUCUGAACCAGAGAGUUGGAGAGUGCUGGUGGGAGUGGGGGGAGAGAGCCGAAGGAGGAGAAGCAUUUCUGAUGAUGUACUGGAGACUUUGAGAAGUACCGUUAGGAAGGGGAGGGAUGUGGUGGUAGGUCUGUCCAGUGCUUGUUGUAAAUGGGGUUGCACCAAGAGUCAGAUCAGCUCGCUCUGUUAG